ACCAAAUGUGUUUCAUUUGGAAGUUUUUGUGGGGAAGAUGCCGUUCAAAGGGCGAGCAGCCGCUCUUGGUACCGUGUGCUGGGCUUUGCAAAUAAGUGUGUCAUCAGUAAUUCAUUUAUUUUAGACGAUCCAGACCUGAAAGAUAUUGACCCUGCAGUAUUAAAACAUUGCCAUGCUGCGGCUGCAACGUGUAUUCUGGAGGCAGGAAAGCAGAAAGCUGACAUAUCUGCUAUAAGCACAUGUCUUGAGGACUGUAAACUGGACAAAGAGAGAAUAGAACAAUUUUGCACCGAAUAUCAGAAAAACAAGGAUGCGUUGGAAAUCCUAUUGGGCAGAACGGUGAUUCAGGAUCACACCCAGAUGUUAGUUUCAGUUGCACGAUGGAGCAAUUACAGGUACUUCUUCCACGCCAAAAUGCACCGAACAACCAGAAUCAAAAUAACCGAGCUAAACCCCCAUCUCAUGUGCGUGCUCUGCGGCGGGUACUUCAUUGAUGCAACAACCAUCAUAGAGUGCCUCCACUCCUUCUGUAAGACCUGUAUCGUGCGUUACUUGGAGACCAGCAAGUAUUGUCCUAUCUGUGAUGUCCAAGUUCACAAAACUCGACCGCUUUUGAAUAUAAGGUCAGAUAAAACUCUCCAAGAUAUUGUAUACAAGCUAGUACCAGGCCUUUUCAAAAAUGAAAUGAAAAGAAGAAGGGAUUUUUAUGCUGCUCAUCCGUCGGCUGAUGCUGCCAAUGGCUCUAAUGAAGACAGGGGAGAAGUGGCUGAUGAAGACAAAAGAAUUAUAACAGACGACGAGAUAAUAAGCUUAUCCAUUGAAUUCUUUGACCAGAAUAGACUGGAACGAAAAGGAAAUAAGGAGAAAGAAAAAUCAAAGGAAGAGGUGAAUGACAAAAGAUACUUACGCUGCCCAGCAGCAAUGACAGUGAUGCAUCUAAGAAAGUUCCUGCGGAGUAAAAUGGAUAUACCUAACACUUUCCAGAUGCCGCCUGUUUGA